AGAGACGAAUACCAGCUCAAGCCACCUACCUAGACGUGCGUGGCGAUACAUCAUGCUGGAAGACGCGUCCUACAUCCACCCACGCAUCUCGCAGUCAGAACCCUAUUUUCCUAUCUGGCAUGACGCAAGCUAUCCCUGCAGCGGCAUACGUGAUGCAACCGCCUUGCCAAUAUAGGACGCGUCUUCCUACGCAUGCAGACGGGAUGUGCAGUCUGGUGUAACACUCAGUACCACACGACCUGCCUCGCGGGUAUGACGUGGAGCCUUCCUUGCUGGGAAGCCUAUACAUAUCUAGGCACCGUGUACGGAGUACUCCGUACUGUGGCUCUAGCCCGGUCGAUGAUCGUCCGAGUAUCUACUACAUACCGCGGUUCACGAUACAGCCGAGGGCGUCCUUGUUCGAGUGCUGGCACGGGUCAUGGACAGGACAGGACAGGACAGGACACAGGAAUAGUCGUGACGAUCGUAAUGCAAAAGAACAAUGUGUUUCGUCCAUGUCAUUUCAUGUAGGCCUUGGAAGUGAAGAGCAAGAACCUCGCUAUAGCUAAAACCCGACGCAUAGUGCACUGCAUAGUGCAUACUGCAGAA